UUCUGUGGAGUGUCUGCGCCAACCGAAAAAAAGCACAGGUCCACACACGCAGACGAGAAACACGAAUUAGAAAAAAAAUUCAAUACAAUCUUACACACACACACACGACCGAAAUUAUUUUUUGCGACUGUGUCGUCGAGUGGUUGACAACGACGAUUAGCCACUACGCUACAGCACAUUACUUCGGCGACGACGACGACGACGACACCGCCGAGAUCGUGUCCCCGUGCGCGCGGGUGUCUGAAAAUUGAAUAAUAAUAAUAAUAUAAAUUAUUACUAUUAUUUAUUAAUUUUUAUUCUCCGCUGUGUGUGAUUUCUGUGCGUGUUUCCGAAGUGUGGUGUCGUGUGCGAGCGUUGUUUCUCAACCCGUUUCGGUGGCCGCGGACGACCGCAGCAGACGGACGCACGAAUAUCGAACAUUUUCAAUAAUAUUGCUGUUUCAUUGUAUUUAAUUUUAUAAUUUUUUUUUUGUUAUUUGAAAUACAUACGUAAGCGCGUUUAUGUGUAUAUUUAUAAAUAAGCACAUAUAUUUUUACACUACGUAUGAGUUCAUCGUAUACAUAGAUUAAAUUCGUCGUGUACCUAUAUAUAUCAAGUCACGAACAGACGAAAAUAUAUCAUACCACAGAGAAGAUAUCCCAACUAUAUAUAAUCGGCCCGAGUACAGCCACUGAGCCACCGGCGCGUUAGCAAACUGAAGACACUAGUCAACACUACUGGAACGCUAGGUGGCAAAUCAGCAGCUGCGUCAAAGAUUGUUACAAGGAAGUAAGCUCUCGACAAAACACACAUUUUCAUCCCCGUUGGUUUCAAGAAUCUAACUAAACUUAUCGAGGCCAAAAAUUUAUAUUUUAAUUUAUUAUAAAACAAAAAUAAUGAUAAGUAAUAAUAAUAAUUUAUAAAAAUUACAAGUCGUCAUUUUGCUGAGAAAAUAAGCUUAAUCUGUGAUAGUGUUAUUUUUUAUUUAAAUACCGUUUUUAAGUAUCAUUAUUAUUGAGAUCACAUAUAGUUUUCGUUUUUAUUUUAAUUUUUAUUUCGCUUCGUAAAGUUAUCGAGAAAACAAUUAAUAAAAUGCCUCAAAGUGCGGGCGUACUUACAAAUUCUGUUAUGAUAACUUUAAUACUACUGAUCAGUUCCUUGUGUGGAUGUUGGAGUACUGAUGCGGAUCAACAUGUUGCUUCGUCUCCCACAUGUGACAGUAAUAUUUACUGCUAUGGGCCAUUGCUGCAUGCGAUUCAAAUGUCUAGCAUAUUCCCGGACUCAAAAACAUUUGUUGACAUGAAAAUGAAAUAUUCGCCUAAUGAGACCAUGAACAUAUUCUUGGAUAUGAUGAAAAGAACGGGACAAAGGCCAUCAAAAUUAGAACUGGAAAUUUUCCUCAACGAUACUUUUGAGAAGGAAGGUAGUGAAUUCGAAAUUUGGGAUCCUUCCGAUUGGAAGCCAGAGCCCAAGUUUAUUGGUGAUAUUAAGGACCCAAAUUUCCAAGAAUGGGCUAGAGGUUUACAUUUAUUAUGGAAACUUCUCGGUAAAAAAAUUAAAGAUGAUGUACGUUUACAUCCCGACCAUUAUUCAAUUAUCUAUGUCCCGUAUCCGGUAAUUGUACCCGGUGGCCGGUUUCGUGAAUUCUACUAUUGGGAUUCUUACUGGAUUAUUAGAGGUCUGUUACUAUCUGAGAUGUAUACUACAGUCAAAGGAAUGCUUAGCAACUUUUUAUCAAUUAUUAACACUUACGGUCAUAUUCCAAACGGAGGCAGAGUUUAUUAUGCCAUGCGGUCUCAACCCCCCAUGCUAGUACCAAUGAUGAAAAGUUACAUCGAGGCUACAAAUGAUACAAUUUUCCUUAAAGAAAAUGUAGAUAUACUGGAAAAAGAAUUCAGUUAUUGGAUGUUAAAUCAUACAGUGGACAUAGAAAAAGACGGAAAAGUAUACACAUUGGCUAGAUAUAAGGAUUCGUCGACAGGACCCAGGCCCGAAUCAUACAGGGAAGAUAUCAUGAGCGCACAAACAUUCAAGACCGAUAACGAUAAAGAAAACUACUAUUCUGAGCUAAAGGCCGCUGCGGAAUCUGGGUGGGAUUUUUCCAGUAGAUGGUUUAUUCUAAAUGGAACAAAUAAAGGAAACUUGACCAACCUGAAAACACGGUACAUCAUUCCGGUUGACUUGAACGCUAUAGUAUAUUGGAAUGCUAAGAUAUUGAGUGACUUUUACCGAGAGUUGAAUGUAUCCGACAAGGCACUAAAGUACGAAAACAUUGCCAACAAAUGGAUAGAAGCAGUAACGGCGGUGCUGUGGCACGAAGAGGUGGGAGCAUGGCUGGAUUAUGACAUGCUGAAUGAAAUCAAGCGUGAUUACUUUUACCCAACCAACAUAUCGCCGCUAUGGACAGGAUGUUACGACCCAAAGAAGACCGAUGACUUUGUGUCUCGGACACUUAAGUACUUGGAAAAAACACAAAUAAUGAACAACCUUGGGGGCAUACCAACCACCUUGGAGCACUCUGGUGAACAGUGGGACUAUCCAAACGCAUGGCCCCCUCUUCAGUACAUAAUGGUCAUGUCACUGGAUAACUCAGGUGACAACUGGGCCCAGGACUUAGCGUUUGAGAUAGCUGAGCGAUGGAUGAGGUCCAACUAUAAAGCAUACAACGAGACCAACGCCAUGUAUGAAAAGUAUGAUGCGACUGUACCUGGAGGCCACGGUAGUGGAGGUGAGUACGAGGUGCAGCUAGGUUUCGGCUGGACCAACGGUAUAAUCCUGGAGUUCCUGCAGAAGUAUGGAUCCAGGGUCACGGCCGAGGACAAGUUCAUCGAGGCACCGCAGACCAGCGCCAACAUAGAUGCCAGCAGAAGCAGCACUGACUACAACACCAAGACCGUGUCUUCGGCAACGCAAGUCAUGACUGCCACGCUCGCGAUACUGGCCACAAUAUCGGCCGGAUGCAUAGGGUUCGCCGUGUACAAAAAGCGGUACCAGCUUUACGCGUCCGACCGAGCCCUGUGCAAAAAAAUGUGCGGCGGCUACACAGAGCUCAAAGACCUGACGAGCGACUAGAGACGCCGACAAUUUUGCACACCGUAGUACGUCGUCCGUUGUUCGUCGAUUCACUGCAUCCGCUCUUGGACGUAGUCGUCCGGUGCUCGCGCGUCACCAUAAUUAUAAUAUUAUAUUAUAAUAUUAUCGUCCCCGUCCUCCGUCAACCCCAUGCGAGGCGUAUCCACUUUGCCCCUAUCCUCCCCCUAAAAAACACUCACUCUGAAUACAAAAUGAUCCGAAAAUCUCACACCACUUGUACUGCAGAGUGCGAUGAUAUUAUAUUAUAUAAUAUAAUAUAACCACAUAUUGUUAAUAGUACACCGUAAUAUUUGGCGUCCGGCCAACGUAUUUUUGAUGUUGUUAUAUUAUUAUUAUUAUUAUUAUUAUUAAUAUUAUCAUUAUUAAUUUAUUAUUAUUUAUUUAUUAUUAUUAGUAGUAGUAGGACUAUUAAUAACGAUAAUGUUGUCUUGGAACAUAAAAAUAUAUUAAGAUUGACGAAACCGACACGAGCAAUAUAGAUAUAAGACGACGUUCGUGUAUAAUAUACAUGAUUUUAUGUAUAUUCUCGUGGUCUUAAAGUAUUAUAACUUAUAAGUAUUAUAUAAGUAUUAUACAUGCUUAUCGUCGAUUUUUUUGAUUUUUACGUUUUCGGAACGCCACGCGCACUUAGCCCGAUAUCGAACAUUAAUAGACACGAAAGUGAUUUCCACGGUCUGCAUUCGGUUAUACACUUAUACUUACAGGUACAGAAAAUAAUCAUUAGUAAUGUAUAUGACUGUACAUAAUAUUCGUAUAAUAUGCAUCAGAUAUUCAGAUAGAUAAUUUUUAACCCACGAGGUUAAGUACACGUUUCUCUUUGAUUGCUCAUGUUUCAAACGUGCAAUUUAUGAUUUAUUUCAGUACAAUUAUAUUUUCCAGAUUUGCAAUGUGAGUACCUCACGAAUCGGUGGUACCUAUACCUAUAAUUUCCCUGUGUAUAUUACUAUUAAUUUAUUUGUGACGACGUGAGUAAAAUUCUGGGUUUUUUCCAACCGCUCGUCGUUGACUCAGGCUGAAAACAACGACGGAGAACAUUCAAUUGGACCGCUUGCUCCGUACUAAUAAAAAAUAUAUAUUUCGGUUUUAUUUAUUAAUGAUUUUCCACGCAAUCGUGUGUUUUCCUAUGUUUUUAAAAACUAUCGAGUUAAAUGUCGUUUGUAGAUUUUUUUAUAGAAUAUCGAUUUACAUUGGUAGUAAACGACCAAUCAACAAUAAUAUUUUAUUGUUAUAAGUUUAUAAUACCUAUUACAAAAUGUAAUCAUAUUCGAACGAUUUUACGCGCUUUGACAAUUUAAUGCUGUAAAUAGGUAGGUAGAUUCGUAUUAUAUAUUAUCUAUUUAAACAUCUAAUCGUUGACGUAUAUUUAAUGUGUAUAUAAUUUAAUAUAAUAUAUUGUGAGAAUAAAAAAACAGCCCCCGAUAACGUCAAUGCUUGUUAGCUUAAAACGUUUUAUUUUUUACCCCUCGAGUUUUAAAUAUUUUUAACACUUCGCGAAAGCUCAGGUAUACCACGAGUAUACAGAUGUAUCUAUAUUUAUAUAUAGGUAAACAAUAUUCUAUAGUCUAUAUCUAUAUGUUCUCAAUACAUACUUAUAAUUUUUAGGUUUUAAUGGGACAUAUAUAUAUAUUUUAUUUGAACACAUUAUUUUUCUAAUACAAUUACCGAAAUGCUUCCUUUAAAACGUUAGGCAACUGUGAAAAUAUUAAUUAUAUUAUCGAGUGACAAUGACGAUGAUGCUGAGUCGUAAAAUUAUGAAUUUUAUUUCUAUUGACUACUCUCACCGCAGACAGGUUUUCAAUAUUGAUACCUAUGUUAUUAAAAUGUGUACGAUUACCAUCUAUCAAAUAGUUAAAUUACAUACUAUAGGUAUAUAGUAUAUAGUGAAGUGCAUAAUAAUAAUCGUUUCGGAUUUAGCUGCGCAGCGAUCAAUCAAAAAUCGCGUUAAGGCAAUAACCAACGAAAGCAAAAAUUAUCUAGGUUAUUAAUUCAUUCUAUAUUAGGUAUUCUUAAUAUGAUGAUAAUAAUAAUAGUAAUAAUAAUAUGAUUCAUUUCUAUUCGUGUAAUAUAAUAUGCUUCUUUUAUCUCGAGUAUAGGUACAUAUUUUAUAAUCAUUCCUAAUAGUAAAUAGAGUAAUAAUAUUAAUGAAAAAAUUAAUGACCAAAAUUUAAGUAUGCGUAAGCGUUAAUACAUGUAUACAAAUAUAUUCCUAAGUGGCUACGUUAUCAUAAACAAUUGAAAUAACGUGUAUUGACCAAUGACCAUCCGUCGUGUUCCGAUUUGGUUAUUUGGCUAAAUAUUAAAGAAAAAAAGUAAUCUAACUGACCCUAUGCCGGACUAAAUCAUCCGUAGGCAAACAGAAACUUAAGCCGAAUUUUUCAAGACAUUCUUAUCCGUAAAAUACAAAUACAUAAACAAUAAAAUGCUACUCAAAAUAACUUAAUCCAUCUCUAUUUCAAAUAAAUAUGUUCGUUAUUAUAAUUUUGUAAUUUUCAAAAAUCUUUGAAGAGCAUUGCAGAGUAUAAAUACAUAUUAGUGUUAAAUUAUAAAUUUUAAAGCACAGGUUUGCUGUCAACGAAAUAUAAAUAAAAAAAUCUCGAGCAUCGUUUUCACGGCACUUCUGAUGUUUUUUAAUUUUUUUUACAUCAAAAAAGUUAUGAUGCCUAAAUUUUAAUAUUUAUAUACUAUAUAUCCCAUAAAUUCAUAGAGAAUUUAUGUAAAUAAACAUUAAAAUUCGAAAAAAAAACUUAGUAAGUUGUACCGCAUAAUAGACGGCCAUUUGAAAUUGCGAUUGGUGUACGAGGUGCCAUAUGCUACGCAUACAAAUAUAUACAGAAUGAUUCUUUAUCAAACUACACUCAUUAUUUCAAAAAGUAUUAAUGUUUUUGAAAAUAUUUUUUUACAUAGUUUCAAGUUGU